AUGCUACCAAAAGAUGACCCAGUAUUCUUCAACUACCACUCUAGACCGUUAGAAAUCAAGUGGGUGGCUUUUUUUUCGCUGGAAUUCCAUCUACCCCUCACCCUGUACUCAGAAGACAGGGAGUUCUAUACGCUGUGUGCAGAUAAUCUACCAAAAACGGCCAUUCCACCUUCUGCGGGCAGCCUUGUAUCUCCCAACGAUGUACAAAAUAGGAGAAAUAUGGUAUUGAGCCAACGAAUCACGAAAAAACGUUACGGCAGUCAACCGUUGGUAUAA